AAGCUCCCAACACUGUAUGCAGUCGGUGCAGUCGUCAUUUCCUGCUCAUUCGUGUUGAAAUUUCAGACAUGGCUGUCAUUGAUUUUGAUCGUAAAAUUUUAUUUUCUCGAGAGUAAAAAUAACUCCGUAUCGGUUCUGCAUAAAGGAUCGUUGAUUUCCUCGGUUAAAAUUUCACAUUGUUUAUACACGUAAAUCGAAAAAUGGCUGCUGUGCCGUUGAUUUUGGCCGAGGAGGAUAUUGAACGAGGUGGCAAGGAGCAGCCUGAACACGAAAUACAAAAUGACUUUGCAUAUAACAACAGUGUCCACAAUGCAACUAUUAACAUACGAAUGGGCUUCUUGCGGAAAGUAUAUGGUUUAUUGAGCAUACAGCUGUUGAUGACAAUUGCAAUAGGCUCUGUAUUCAUGAUGAGCUCAACUGUGAAAUUAUAUAUACAAGACAACCUAUGGACUUUGGGUUUGGCAUGUGUUCUGACGAUAGGUGUACUGAUCGGUUUGCUUUUCAAAAGAAAGGAUCACCCUGCUAAUUUGAUACUCCUGGUCAUAUUUACUUUAGUACAAUCAUAUACUGUCGGAGUUGUGGUGUCUAUGUAUGAUACCUCAAUAGUCUUGGAAGCUUUAUUUAUAACACUGACAGUUCUACUCGCCUUGACGGCUUAUACCUUCCAAACAAAGCGAGAUUUCUCAUUUAUGGGAUUUGGAUUAUUCAUCGGACUCUGGUGUCUCUUAAUCGGCGGUUUCAUACAAAUUUUCCUUCACAGCACCGCGUUGGAACUAGCCAUAAGUAUCGGUGGUGCACUGUUGUUCUGCUUAUUUAUAAUCUACGACACGCAAAUGAUAAUGCACACCCUCUCGGCCGAGGAAUACAUCCUGGCGACGAUUAAUAUAUAUUUAGAUAUAAUCAACUUAUUUUUACAUAUAUUGCGAGCUCUCGCGAUUUUGAAGCAAUAAGCGAAAAAUAUUAUACGUGUCGGUUGCGUUGCGUCGAUCUUUUUAUUAUAGUUAUAAUGUAAUCCAAGUUGUGACUAUACAAUAAAUUCUUAUUUUUAUUUAGGUACCUCUCUGUGAGAGAUACAAGAUUGCUUUUAGCAUCGCAUAAAAAAAAAAAAAA